AUGGACGUCGGCGACGCCGCGUUGCUCGACGACGCGAGCGAGGAUCUUCGGGACAACAUCGCGUACCGCGGCGGAGCGUUGGAACGGGUGAUGUUCACGCUGCCAUUCGCGAUGAGCAUGACGCUGAUUACGUUUGUUUUGCUGUGGGGGGCGCGCCUGAGCCCAGCGCUGACGGUGGCGUUCAUCUGCGCGUACAUUUGUUAUGGGUGGGUGAAAGGCAUUCACAGCGGCUUCGCGGCGUUGCUGGUUGGGAUUCCGUUGUUACACACGUAUAAGGAUGCGGAUUGGCAUCGACUCGGAAACGAUGGAACGUUGAAAUCACCGUGUUACGAUAGGUUCUUUGGCGGCGCCGGACAGGUGUACAAGGCGAACGAAAAACCGACGUUGGUUGGGGACGACGAGCACACGUGGACGAGCGGCGUGGACGGGAAGUUGAAGCGCGGACUCACGGAUAAGUUUAACGAUAUCAUCCAUGUGUGCGUGAUUCCCACGUACAAAGAGCCUCUCGGGACACUGCGUAAGACUGUAGGGACGUUGGCGACGCAGACGUGUGCGAAAGAGCGAUUAAUCGUCGUACUCGCGACGGAGAGUCGAGACACCGAGGCGCCGGCCAAGGUGGGAGAACUAAUCGACGAGUUCGGGUCGUCGCUCCUGGGACUGUAUUACACCAAGCACGUGCUCGGCGCAGGCGAGGCGGUCGGGAAAAGUUCGAACUGUGCGUGGUCGGUUCGAUGCGUCAAGAGAGAGUUUGUGGAGAAGCGCGGAUUGGCGCCGGAGCAAAUUAUGCUCACGGUGUGCGACGCGGAUACGUACUUUGACUCGCAGUUCAUGGACUGCUUGGCGUAUAAUCACGUGCAAAAUCCAAAGCCGUACAACACCACGUACCAGGCUGCGGAGACUUUUUUCCCGAACAUUUGGAACGUACCGAUUCUCAUUCGUAUCAAGGCUGUGAUUGAUAGCGUCGGUUUCCUCGGUCAACUCGCGUCGCCGUUUAGUCAUCCGUUCCCAUUUGCGAUUUAUUCGCAAAGUCUCAGAACGUCCAUCGAGUGCGGUGGUUGGGAUGUGGAUAUCAUCCCCGAAGAUUGGCACCACUAUUUAAAGUGCUGGUUUAAAAAGGAUGGUGAUUACCGCGUUGUGCCCAUCUUCAUGGUGAUGGGCAACGAUGCCAUCGAAGAGCGGUCAUGGAAUGAGGCCAUUAAGGCUCGAUACAUUCAAGCCAAAAGACACGCCUGGGGGGCGAUCGAUCUGUCGUACAUCGUGAUGAAUUACUUAGAGAGACGAGACAAGGUUUCAUUCACGCGGAUGAUGAAGCUGUACGUGCACGCGGCGGAGCACCACAUUUCGUGGACUCUCUUUUGGUUUACGUGCAUGUUGGGCGGUUUAUGCUCGACUUGGGCGAACCCAGUGCUCGAGACGUAUCCAUUUGGAAUUGGGUUACGCUCUCUCACCGUAGUAGCGUUCUUUCCGAUGACGUUUGCGUGCUGGGCCAUCAUCAUCAGUGAAUUUUACAUUCGUCUCUUCGUCAUUCACGACAGAGAACACUUCGAGUGCAACGUCGCGCCAAUGUGGUGGCAACUCGUGAGCCAAGUGCAAUGGAUGCUCAUGCCCUUGGCUGACAUGAUUUUUGGCUCCUUUGCCGGUCUUGAAGCGCAGUUCCAUAUGGCCAUAAAGCCGACGAUGAAGUACGAAGUAUCUGCCAAGCUUGCGAAGAAGUCUGGUCUUCCUCCGACGGCGUCGGGCGCCGCCGCGCCGAAUCCAAAACAGCCCGCCGCGGAGCCGUCCAUGUACACCGCGUUGACGAGCGGUGAAAGUCCUCGCCAUCUCGACGGGCGCGCGAAUACCGCGUUUUCCAACGCGUACUAGCUC